AUGGCCAGAAAGAGUGCUGCUUUCCACGAUUUGCUGCCUGUAAUGGCAGAGCAAUUAGGGGGAGAGGGCCUGAUAAACGAGCUGUGUAAUGGGUUUCAGCUGCUGAUGGACAAGGAGAAGGGCGUCAUCACGUUGGACAGCCUCCGGUUAAACUCUUCCCUUUUGGGUCUGCGGGACAUGGGAGAGGCGGAGCUUCUCAGCAUGAUGACAGAGGGCGAUUUGGAUGGCGAUGGCGCUUUGAACCAGAUGGAGUUUUGUGUUUUGAUGUUUAGAUUAAGCCCUGAGCUUAUGGAACACUCUUUGUCUUUCCUUCAACACGCUUUCCACAACCAGUUUAAGACCUGCUGA